ACGCGUCGGAAGCUGUCGAGCGGCCCUUGGCGACCCGCCCCGGGAAGGCCGGCGACCCCGCCGCGGCCAUGAAACUGACUCGUAAGGUGGUCCUGUCCCGGGCAAAGGCCACCGACCUCAGCGGCGUCCGCAAGCUAAACUGCUGGGGCAGCCGCAUCUCAGAUAUUUCUAUCUGCCGUGAGCUUCCCAACAUCGAGGUGAUCACGUUCAGUGCAAAUCACAUCUCCAGCCUGGAGCCAAUGAACCAGUGCCAGAACUUAAUGGAGCUUUAUCUCAGGAGGAACAAUAUUGCAAGCCUCCUUGAGCUGUUCCACUUGAAGAAGCUGCCCCGUCUGAGAAUCCUCUGGCUCUCUGAGAACCCGUGCUGUGGUCCUGAUCCUCAUCGCUAUCGAAUGACGGUGCUGCGCAACCUUCCGAAUCUCCAGAAGCUUGACAAUCGGAUGGUGACAGAGGAAGAACUGUCCCAUUCCCUGCUGGAAGGGGAAGAGAUAACGUCACCCCCGGCCAAAUUGGAUGUGGAAAACGUCUCCCAAAACUCCACCACUGAAUCCAGUGUAACGGAGUCUACAGCAGAGAAUGAAAAUGAAGUCAUGAACUUCACCUUGGAGGAGACAAAUAAAAUCCGCGAGCAGCUUGGGAUGAAGCCUGUUGCUCCGAGGGAGAAGUUUGUCUCCUUGUGCCCUAGGCAGAUGGAGGGGAACCAAAAGAAAAGAAACAACAUCCUCAAUGCCAUCAUGAUGCUCCUAGAAGAGCUUGAUUCAGAUGGACUAGAAGUUGUCCAUCAAACAACUGGGAACAAGCUCCAAGCCUUGCAGAAGAAGGAACUCCAUGAGGACCGAUAGCGAAUCCGAGGCAGCUGUUUCGUGGAUCAGCGAAACUAGCAUCACCAGCCCUGGCUGCUCCAUCCCUGUGCUGUUGGGCUUAGUGUGGGGAUGUGCUACUGAACACAGGAAGAAACGUCAUACAUUCCUUGUGCGUCAUGCACUCGGACCAUGCUCUAAGGCAAGCUUUCCUCUGCAAUCACAACGUGUGUGCCUGCAUCUAUGCAACUGCUACCCAGCAACCUGCAAAAGCCUUUGGCAGUGGGGGCAAACAAGUGUACACCAAAUUACAGCAAGUAGUUGUCACAUGGAAAAAGGGGUCAGCAUUUGUGGCCCUGCCUUCUGCUUAGUGCCUCCCCAGUAGUAGAAGAAGAAAGAACAUCACUUCUCGUCUUGCUUCAGUUGUGAAUCUGUCAGCCGAAGCUGCUGAUCUGUCAGCAUAGUCUAAAUACUGGAACACAAAUCCCUAUGAUGCCGCCAUCCUCCUGCAGUCAGGAGCUUCUGACCCCUGAUCUCAAGGCCUGAUUUACACACAAACAGAGACAUUUUUUAAAAAAAAUCAUUGAACUUCAAAUUUAGUGGCAAACUUCUUGUCUUUCUCUUCACCUUUCCUUCUCUUCUAAAUAGUGAUUUGGACGUAACAAGAAUGUCACCUGUAGUCAGAAUUCUGGAUUUGUAUAAUGGAACAUCUUGUUUCUUACCUGAUUAGAAUGCGGUCUUGCACCUUUUGGAUAUUGCCUUGACUUUCUUCUGCCACUUGCUUGCUUAAUCUACACAGUAAAAAAAAGAGAGAGAGAGAAAGCAAGUUUACUUAGGUGUUGUGAUGGAAGGACCAGGAGAAGUGUGGUUGAUGGUAUAUGGUUCAGGAAGUGUAUUAAAGUCUGAAUCCAACAACAAUACAGACUCUGUCUCUGCUCAA